UCUCCUCAGAUGGCAGGCUCUGCUGAGAAGGAAUGGGGUGGGGAUGAGAGCCUGGGCAUUGGGGAGUGUCUCUCGGUCCUCCGUGGUCCUCAACCUUUGGCCCUGACCCCCUCUCUUCUCUUCACAGAGCUGCUGGCUGCAAAGAAGACCCACACCUCACAAAUUGAAGUGAUCCCUUGCAAAAUCUGUGGGGACAAAUCAUCUGGGAUCCAUUACGGGGUUAUCACCUGUGAGGGGUGCAAGGGUUUCUUCCGCCGGAGCCAGCAGUGUAACGUGGCCUACUCCUGCACCCGUCAGCAGAACUGCCCCAUUGACCGCACUAGCCGAAACCGAUGCCAGCACUGCCGCCUGCAGAAAUGCCUGGCCCUGGGCAUGUCCCGAGACGCUGUCAAGUUUGGCCGCAUGUCCAAGAAGCAAAGGGACAGCCUACAUGCUGAGGUGCAGAAACAACUGCAACAGCGGCAACAGCAGCAAAGAGAACAAGCGGCCAAGACCCCUCCUGCAGGAGCCCAAGGAGCAGACCCCCUCACCUGCACCUUGGGGCUCCCAGAUGGGCAGCUGCCCCUGGGCUCCUCGCCUGACCUGCCGGAGGCCUCAGCCUGUCCGCCCAGUCUCCUGAGAGCCCCAGGCUGCGGGCCCUCCUACUCCAACAGCUUGGCCAAGGCCGGGCUCAACGGGGCCUCGUACCACCUGGAAUACAGCCCUGAGCGGGGCAAGACCGAGGGCAGAGAGAACUGCUAUGGCACAGGCAGCCAGCCGACCCCUGACAGGCGUGGACUCCACUUCGAGGACCCCAGGCACCCUGGGCUUGGGGAACCAGGACGGGGCCCGGACAGCUACUUCAGCCCCAGUUUCCGCAGCACCCCAGAGGCGCCUUAUGCCUCCCUGACGGAGAUUGAGCAUCUGGUGCAGAACGUUUGUAAGUCCUACCGAGAGACGUGUCAGCUGCGGCUGGAGGACCUGCUCGGACAGCGCUCCACCGUCUUCUCCCGAGAGGAGGUGGCCGGCUACCAGAGGAAGUCAAUGUGGGAGAUGUGGGAACGCUGUGCCCACCGCCUCACCGAGGCCAUUCAGUACGUGGUGGAGUUCGCUAAGAGGCUCUCGGGCUUUAUGGAGCUCUGCCAGAAUGACCAGAUCGUGCUACUCAAAGCAGGAGCCAUGGAAGUAGUGCUGGUCAGGAUGUGCCGGGCCUACAAUGCUGACAACCAUACAGUCUUUUUUGAAGGCAAAUACGGUGGCAUGGAGCUCUUCCGAGCCUUGGGCUGCAGCGAGCUCAUCAGCUCCAUCUUUGACUUCUCCCACUCCCUGAGUGCCUUGCAUUUUUCCGAGGACGAGAUUGCCCUCUACACGGCCCUCGUCCUCAUCAACGCCAACCGGCCAGGGCUCCAAGAGAAAAGGAAAGUAGAACAGCUGCAGUACAGUCUGGAGCUGGCCUUUCAUCAUCAUCUCUGCAAGACUCAUCGCCACGGCAUCCUGGCAAAGCUGCCACCCAAGGGGAAGCUUCGGAGCCUGUGUAGCCAGCAUGUGGAAAAGCUGCAAACCUUCCAGCAUCUCCACCCCAUCGUGGUCCAAGCUGCUUUCCCUCCACUCUACAAGGAACUCUUCAGCACUGAAAUCGAGUCACCUGAGGGGCUGUCCAAGUGACGUUCCCUUCCCUAGAGCCUCGUGGCUCACCUUCCCCUUGGGCUUUUCCUUUCUUGUGCGCCCUGGAGGGUGGUCUCUGCCUGUUUUUGGGGGGGUGAGCAAAUGCGGAGACUGGCUUUCUGCCCACCAGCCUGCCUGGCGGCGGGCCAAGAGCUAGAGGGUGGGGAUGGAGGAACACCAUCUCCAGCCUCAGCUUUGUCCUGGCUUCUCUCAGCUUCUGGAAGACCUGGGGUGGGAUACAAGGACCUCUAGGAGGACCUAGGUGUCCUCAGGACAACAGGGGGAUCCAGGACACCCUGGACAAACAGAACUCAACUCUGGGCUCAGAAGCUAAGAAUAGGCCUUUGAAAUACCUCAUUGCAUUUCCCUGGGGGCUUUGGCUGGGGAGAUGCAUCAAGCUCAGAGACUGGCAUCUGGAGCCCAGAAGGACCUGUAUAUAACAUGAAUCUGGAUCGUUAGAUUUUCUGCCUUCCCCCUUCCUCCCAGCUCAGCAAGGAAACCGUUGGGCACCCUGGGGUCUAAAAGAGACUAGAUAUGUGGAGGGUAAGGAUGGGAUGGGGAUAAGGGAGGGGCUGGGGAUAAUAUUUUUAUGGGAUUUGGGUAUAAGGAUAGGGUAUGAUGAAGGCCAAGAGCGUCACAGAUAGACAGACAGACAGACAGAGUUAGAACUCAAACUUCUUAUGUGCACUUUAAAAAUAGACUUUAGUGGUUACACAAAUGUGAUCAGAGACACACGUCCACAUACAUGUGAAACACAUACUCAUCAUGCAGCUCUAUAGACGCAUUUAAUCUGACACAGUCUCUGUCUUCCUUGAGGUCACAGAUCAGAGGAACUUAGUGGCCUCAGGGAAUAUCCCAAUCCUGAGGGACCCCAGAGCAUUUUCACCUGGUGCCCCAGUUCACCAAUCUUAGACGUGGGGUGGCCCAAACUCUAUCCCAGCCCCAGCUGUCAUCUGUCAAAGGAAACCCUAAAAGAAGAGAUGGCUGGACACAGUCAGAAGGCCAAGGACAGACCCUCGGAGGACUGUCUGGGCCCCGUCCUCCAGCCCUGCUCUCGUUAUGGCGAAAGGCAGCAGAUGCGAUUCCACCUCUCUAUGCCUGGGUACCACCAAGUCUGGCAGGGUCAAGGAGACCUGUUUCUCCAGCCGUGAUCUUGCCCGAGAACUUCUCUUGCCUUUAUAAAUAGCUGUGAGCCCUCCUCUGAGGGAUAAACAGCAGGUGGUCAGGAGGGUUGUUUUUUUUUUUU